AUGGCGCGUAAGGAAGAUGUUUUAAAUGAUUUACCAAAAAAACUAGUUGCAAAACUCUUACCUUUUCAGAUAGAUGGCAUUUAUGAUGCAAUUUGUAAAAAAGGAAGAUGUCUCAUUGCUGAUGAGAUGGGUCUUGGAAAGACACUUCAAGCCAUUACAGUGGCCUACUAUUACCGAAGUGAAUGGCCAGCUCUUAUUAUUGUUCCUUCCUCUUUGAAAUAUACUUGGAUUGAAGAAUUAGAAAAAUGGUUACCUGAAUUACAACCAAAAGAAAUCAACCUUAUACAAGCUGGAAAUGAUGUAAGUGGAUUACAUUUAACAAAGAUCACUUUGGUUUCAUACGGCAUCUUGAAUAAAAAGACAAGUAAUUUAGUCUUAGAAGCUUUGAUUAAUCAGAAAUUCAAAGUUGUCAUAGCUGACGAAUCCCACUACAUAAAAAAUAUCAAAUCUGUUUCAAGUAAAGUGAUUGUUCCAAUCAUCAAAGCAGCAAAUCGACGUAUAUUGUUGUCAGGCACUCCAGCACUCUCCAGACCAGUUGAGCUCUUUCCCCAGUUAGAAGCACUAAAUACUAAUAUGUUUGGAACCUUCUGGGAAUUUACAAACCGUUUCUGUGGUGCCAAAUAUGAGUAUUUUGGGAAAAAGAGAUACAGAAAAGUCAAUGGUGCAAGCAAUUUGGAUGAACUACAACAGAAAUUAUUAGACACUGUGAUGAUCCGUAGAGAAAAAAAAGAUGUCCUCACACAACUUCCUCCCAAGCAAAGACAACGUAUUCUUUUUGAAUUGAAAGAUUCAUCUAUCAAAAAAGAAAUCUUUAGCCUCUUCCAAGAACUAAAGCCUAAAUUAAGAACAAUGAAAGGUAAUUGCAAGCAAGUUGGCACUGUGUUUGAAAAUGAUUCUGACACUGAAUCAAACUUACCUUUUGAAAUCCUUCAAAGUUUUCAAAAUCUUUAUAAGCUUAGUGGAGAAGCCAAGAUUGGACCUGUACAAGAUUAUAUUAAGAUGCUCUGCACUAAUAAUGAUUUAAAGUUCUUAAUUUUUGCCUAUCACCAUGAUAUGAUGGAUGGAAUAUCACAAGCUUUGUGGGACGUGAAAGUAAAAUUUAUACGUAUUGAUGGUACGACACAUCCUUCUGAUCGACAAUCAUUUGUUAAUGAAUUUCAGUCAGGUUCCGAGACCCGUGUUGCAGUUUUGAGUAUACUGGCAGCUGGAGUAGGCUUGACAUUUACAGCAGCUAAGAUGGUGGUGUUUGCAGAAAUGUACUGGACUCCUGGAGUAAUGAUUCAGUGUGAAGAUAGAGCUCAUCGAAUUGGACAAACAAGCUCUUUACCUGUUCAUUAUUUAGUUGCUAAAGGCUCAAUGGAUGAAUGGAUGUGGUCAAUUUUAAACAGAAAGACAGGUGUGGUUUCAACUAUUUUGGAUGGUCAGCGUAAAAAAUUGGAUGCUGAGAAGGGAAAUCAGGAUCAGAUUGACAUCCUUUCCAAUGCAGAUGUGUGGGAUCCAAAUAAGUGUCUGGAUCCAGUUGACAUAAGUUCAAUGUUACAACCACAGGACACUUCGAACCAAAGGUCAAUUUUGCAGUUUUUCCAGCCAUCUGAAUCUGAUAACCUCACAUUGAACAGUGACAAAAAACCAAUAUUGAACAUUUCUUUGGAUGAAAAAGAAACUUGUCAUUUUGACAAAUCACUAUAUCCUGAUGCUGUAGAGUCAAAACAUUCUACAAAUAUACCUGAACUUAACGUCAAUCAUGUGGUGAAUGACAACCAAAAUGUUAAUUUAGAAGGCACUAUCAAAUAUGAUAAAUUGAUGUUUUGCUGCAGUCAGUUUACAAGUCGUUUGCAUCUCUAUGAUCAAGAUAAAUGUCCACUGAAUGCCAAUUUUCUACCUCAGGACAUUGAAAUGAAUAAUUUUUCUGAACUGCCUGAUUUCAUGAAGCACCCACAUAACUUAAGGCUUAUUCAUAGAUUUGUCCGUCAAUGGAAUAAUUUAACGGAAACUAAACAGAGAUUUAUCAGCAAACAAAAGAUGAUAUUUAGCAACCCACUCAUGGCUUACGAGGAAAUACGAUGUGAUAAAUCUUUUUCAGUGCAGCGUCAUUUAUCUAAGGAAACAGUUGCUCAGACUUCAUUGUUUAAUGCCCAGAAGACACAUGGUUCUGUUCGUUUGAUUUCAAACAAAAAAAUGGCAGAUGAAUUAACUGUUGAUGCCUUUCAACAAAAUGAUGAAAAGGAAAAAGGUUUUAACAUUACAAAAGGAAUUGUUCAAGCAUUGGAUUCAGAUGGUAUGCCAAUGUGUAUUAACUGCCAAAAACCAUUUGAUAAUACACUUAUAAAUGAAGAUACUGUAAAAAAGCCAGAGAAUGCUUGGAAUACGAGAUUUUGUUCCUAUGAGUGUAUGGAUAUUUAUUUGAUGAAAACCAAGCAAGGGUACUGUCGAGAAAAGUUAUUUCAAAUUGAGCAUGGUAUUUGUCAGUUGUGUGGACUGGAUGCAGAGUCAUUUUUCCAAAAAAUAAAGAGCCAACCAGAUGUAAGAAAGCGAGUGAAGAUCUUGCAAUCAAGUCAAUUUAACCAAUUGACUUCCAAACAAAAAGAAGCUAUUAUCAAGAAUCCUUCCUCAGGAAUGUUCUGGCAAGCUGAUCAUAUCAAAGCUGUCUAUAAAGGAGGUGGACAAUGUGAUAUUGACAACUUCAGAACACUUUGUGUUUUAUGUCAUAAGAAGGUCACAGCAGAUCAAACCAAGCAGAGAGCAAUAGAAAAAAAAGAAACAUUUGCAAUUGGGACUCAAAAAAUUACAAAUUUCUUCAAAAUUUCAUAA